CUAAUCUUGUUUUCCAAAUUUUUCAAUUUUUAUCUUUGCCUCUUUUAAUUUUGAGUUUAAUUUUCAUAGUUUUAGAUAAUUUUCUGGAUAUUCGAGUCGUUUCGAAUUCUAUUUUAGCCCAUAACUUUGAUAUAACCGAAUCGAUUACGAACGGAUGUUCACAAAAAGAGAGAAAGAGAGAGAAAAAGAGUAAAAAAAUACGACUUGAUUGUAUCUAUCAUAUAAAACCAGUGUGCAUGGUCCAACAGCUUAUGACGGCAAAGCGCAACUGUGGGUAUGUUGAUCGGUUUGUGAUCAGGUGGUACGCGUCGGGGUCGUCAGAACACUACUUCCUCGAGUACCUCGAGUCCCUCCCCGGCGGCUCCAGCCGUCGCAUCCGCUACGGGAGCGACGUCGCAACCAUCGCAACAGUCGCAACAGCAGCUGCAGCCGGCAUCCGCGCAGACGCCCGUCGCUCCAGCGUCGCCCACCGUCUCGGUGACCAAGGAAGAUCAUCUACCUGCCGCGUCCUCGCCCGGCGGCACCGCCGUCCCGUCGCUCUCCUCAGCGGAGACUGCGACGGGAGGGUCACCCACCCCUGGAGGAGGAGGAGGUGGUGGAGGAGGACCGACCAUGGAGAAGAAGGCCGGCGGCAAGUCAUCCGCGGCGCAACCGUCCCCGUAUUGCGACUUCUGCCUGGGUGACGCGCGCGAGAACAAGAAGACGGGCGGAUCCGAGGAGUUGGUGUCGUGCAGCGACUGUGGCCGCUCAGGGCAUCCAACUUGUUUGCAAUUCACUGCAAACAUGAUCGUUUCUGUUCGCAAGUACAGGUGGCAAUGUAUCGAAUGCAAAUGCUGCUCCAUUUGCGGCACUUCUGACAACGAUGAUCAGUUGCUGUUCUGUGACGACUGUGAUCGGGGAUACCACAUGUAUUGUCUGUCUCCACCUCUUGCGUCACCUCCCGAGGGCUCCUGGUCGUGCCGCUUAUGCAUAGCUGAAUUUCAUCACCGUGAUUAAGUUCACUCUCAGAUAGAUAUAAGUCACGGAGCUAUCCUUGCUAUUGUUGCGGCAUACAACGUCUUGGUCGUCUUAUUAGGAGAAUUAGGAGAGUAUUCGCGAGAGCUCACUCGUAUAGUAUUAUACGGCUUACACCGGCAAACUUUUUGAGAAAAAAAAAGAAAAGAAAAAGAAAGAAAGACUUCAUUGAUUACUAUUUAUUACAAAAUUUAUAUUGAUUUAUCAGCUUCCUGUAAAAUUAUGUUAAUAAUAAUGACGAUAAUAAUAAUAAUAAUUAAUGAAGGAUACAUUUAGCGUAACUAUAUUAGAUAUCUCAGGCACUGGUGAUCUCGACGAGAUAAAGAUGUAAGGAAACACGUAUUUAUAUAAUUUAACUGAGAUAGCUUUUAGAGUAUAAGUGUAUAAAGAUACAACUCAUGACCGACUGUCAACAGAGUUCUGUAAAGGGAACGAACAGAGAGAUUAUUAAUUUUAAAGACAAAGACGGAGUUCGAUUUACCGAUGAUCUUAGAUUUUACAUUCGUACCGAAUAAAGUGUAUUUUUUGCUCAUUUUAUGAACUGACACAUACAUACAUAUAUAUAUACAUACAUACAUACAUAUACAUGUAUAUAUACACGCGUUUACAGCGAUAUUACUAACAAACGAACUAUAAGAGAGAUUUAGUCGAAGAUCGUUAAAUAGGACAAUACUCUCCUAGUUCUAUAUAGACUAUUCUACUCUUAGUCAAUGAUAUAUUUAAAAUAUUUGAUUUGCAUUCAGAACUUUUACAAUUGCUUAAAUUUAACGAUAAAUCUGGCGAUCUCGAGUUUUCACAUUAACUCUUAUAGCUUCUCGCGCUACAGAUUUGGUAGAAACCAAGUUUCAUAGAAAAGAAAAAAAAAGAAAAAAAUACACAUGGAAACGAAAAAAACUUAUUCUAGAAAAAUCAUGAUAUUGAUAGUAUUUGUUCCAUGAAUAGUGAUAAAAAAUAAAAUAUUAUCUCUGUUUCUCUGUAUGUAUCAUGAUACUCUAAAGCUUUUACACUUAAUGAGAUAGCUAUUAGUAGCGACAUAGCUAUCAUACGCAGACGUGCAGCACACUCGCAGAAAGAUUAUAUGUUCUUCGUCACAUUUAGCCCAGUAUUUUUAUAUUUUAUAUAUUAAAUGUACUUAAUUUUAAGUGACUGUGGUGAUAUUUGGUAUUUUUAAUGUCAAACUUUGUUUCGUAAUUUGACAAUUUUACGACCGCCUAAUUGUAUAAAUAGUGUUAUAUAUCACUCAAAUUUUUUUGCCGACUCAUCCUUAAGUUUUUCUCUCCUCGAUUAAACCUGAUCAAACUUAUAUAGCACUUAUUUUUAACAUUAUGUAUACAAAUUGGAAUAAACGUUAGUUUAUACAAACUGAUUAUUAAGUUUAGAACAGUCUUAUUGCGUGCCAUUGUAAACAUUUCAACUGCAAGAGAGAGAGAGAGAGAGAGAAGGAGAGAAGUUAUAUAACACAAACGACAUGACUCGAACAGGUGCUACAUUUCAGGGAUUAGCUCUUUUUUUUGGACUUUACAAUUACUUUGUAAUAUUGGCAAUGUUUUAUAAGAGACAAGAAAUAUUACAUUUUACUAUUGUAGCUAAUAAUUGCUCUAUGUAAGAUAUAAAAAAGUUAGUAAUCCGAAAAAUAUAUAACAUUUUUUCAUAAAAA